AGACCUACACAGGUAGGCUCAAUAUCUUGGGUUUUGACCACAUGAAGUCUGUAUGCACCAUCUCCCAGACCUUUGGGAGCAGCGUGUCAAUCACUAUGAGUCGCCAAUACAAGUUCCAUAAUGACUCUCAUUGCAGAUACUGGAACACAACUCCCACUGACCUGCAAUGGGCAACUAUGGGAUUUAUUUCCUCCACUUAUGGUGCUAUAGGUUCCAGGUCCUACCAAUACCCAACCACAACUGGUAAUAUCGAGACGAUUGAGGGGACGGUGAUUAACCUCAACGUUAUCAGAAAACACAUCGUUCAGCCCUUCAUUGCUGACCCAAAUGCCACAUUUGCUAGUUACAACUACCAGGUCAUGGAUACCGGUCUCUGGUACAACGGUACUGUAUGCUUGCUCAUCAUACCCAACCUGGGCAAUGCACAGGUUCACAUGCCAUGGAACAAGACUGGAUUGCCAAUUACCACCAACGCGACAAUGCAGUUACAACACAUAUGAUCUGUUGACAUGAAUACCAACAUCACUUGUCUGAGGUUUCAUCCUGGAAGUAUUGGCAUUUUCACUGUGACGCCCUGAAGCAGUCAUAGACUGAGGACCGGUGAGACCGGAAAUCAAUGGCCCUAUCAGAUUUAAUAUCAACAGCUUGUUUUUUAUCUUAGAUUACUGCAUGCAUCCACAACUUUCAUG